AUGUCCUCCCUACACGGCAUCCUCGUCGCCCUGAUCACCCCCUUCACGGACGACAGAUCCAAGAUCGAUGAAGCCCGCCUAGAGUCCCACAUCAACUGGCUCCGGGCCUCCGGUGUCCACGGCUUCGUCCCUGGCGGCAGCACAGGCGAAUUCACAACCCUCUCGCUCGCCGAGCGCAAGCAGCUCACCGAGCUCUGCGUCAAGUUCGCCGGCGGCCUCCCCGUCGUCGCAGGGACAGGCAGCACCUCAACAGCCGAAGCAGUAGAGCUGGCCGUGCACGCCGCCCAAGCCGGCGCCGCGGGAGUAAUGGUCGUCCCACCCUUCUACGACGCCGUCAACCUCGAACAACUUACCGAGAUGUUCGCCGAAAUCCACAGCGCCUCUAAGCUGCCCAUCAUGUACUAUAACAUCCCCUCUGCGUCGGGACUAACUCUCUCCCCGACCGAGAUCGCAGGCCUGUCCAAGGUCGGCGUCAAGUACCUCAAGGAUACCUCAGGCAACGCACCAGCCUUCACAGAGCUCGUCUUCAGCCUCUCCGACCAGAUCACCGCGCUCAACGGGUGGGAUACACUCACAUUCUACGGUCUCGCGGCCGGAUGUCCCGGUGGAGUCUGGGGAGCAGCGAACAUCAUCCCCGAGCUGGCGGUUGAGCUCUACGAGGCUGUGACUGUGCGUGGGGAUCUCAAGCGCGGCCGGGAGCUCUGGACGAAGGCAUUCCCGAUCUGCAAGUUCUUGGAGUCGCAUAAUUAUGCUGCCGCUGUGAAGACGGGGGUUGAGUUGAGGGGGCUGUCGACCGGUGGACUGCGCAAGCCGUUUGCGUUGCUGAAUAGUGAGCUGCAGGCUGAGCUGAAGGGGCUGCUCCAGAAUGCUGGAGUCAAGACUAUUUAG